GAAAAGGUCAAAGAUCGAAGGCCAGGAUCUUCUAAUCUGGGAGAUUUGUGGGCCAUCCAACAUCAACCAUGACAGUUUAAACACACAAUUUGUGUGAUGAUCGAUCAGAUGCAAUUUUUUUACAGGAAGCUGAUCGGGGCCAGAUACUUCAAUAAAGGGUACAAGGCUAAAGGGGGCGUAGUCAACGCGUCCACAUCCUCCGCACGUGACACCGAAGGCCAUGGAACCCACACUCUAUCAACGGCCGGUGGCAGCUUUGUCCCCAAAGCGAAUUUCUACGGUUACGCUAGUGGGACAGCGAAAGGUGGGUCCCCCAAUGCACGUGUGGCCGCUUACAAGGUAUGUUGGCCCCCGAUCGACGGCUACGAAUGCUUCGGUGCGGAUGUUAUAGCAUCAUUCGAUACAGCCAUCCAUGAUGGCGUCGAUGUGGUGUCCGUAUCGCUUAGUGGGGACCCCAGCACUGAUUAUUUAGACGAUGCUGUGGCCGUCGGAUCGUUCCACGCCGUUAAAAAUGGGAUCGUGGUUGUUUGUUCGGCUGGGAAUUCAGGGCCCACUCCAGGUACGGUCUCUAAUACAGCACCGUGGAUCUUGACGGUGGGGGCCAGCACUAUGGAUAGGGAGUUCCCAUCGUACGUUGGACUCGGGAACAACAGGCAAUACAAGGGACAAAGCCUUUCGAACAAAGUCCUUCCAGAGAAGUUCUAUCCUCUGAUCAGCUCCGUCGAUUGUAAGGCUGCAAAUGCAACGAAUCAACAAGCGCAACUCUGUUACAUUGGAUGCCUUGAUCCUAAGAAGGUGAAAGGAAAGAUCGUGGUCUGUCUUGAUGGUUUUAAUGCAGCAGAAGAGAAAGGCGAGGCCGUCCAUCAAGCUGGUGGGGCCGGGAUGAUCCUGGCCAAUGAUCUAGCCGGUGGAAAUGAUAUCAUGGCUGAGGCCCACGUCCUCCCGGCCACACACAUCUCAGCCACUGAUGGUCUUGCUGUGUUUGGCUACAUUAAUUCAACAAAGGAGCCUGUGGCGUACAUCACGGGUCCCACCACAAAACUCAACACGAAACCUGCACCGUUCAUGGCCACCUUCUCAUCUCCAGGCCCCAGUCCCAUCACGCCCUAUAUCCUAAAGCCGGAUAUUACAGCACCAGGGCUGAGUGUUCUUGCUGCAUAUAGUGGAGCAUCGAGCCCUACGACCCUGUCUUUUGAUUCACGUCGGGUCCUUUUCAACGUUGUAUCUGGAACGUCCAUGUCAUGUCCUCAUGUUUCUGGGAUUGUGGGCCUUCUCAAGACUCUCCAUCCUGACUGGAGCCCAGCAGCGAUUAGAUCUGCAAUCAUGACCACUGCGAGGACUCAAGAUAACAUGAGAGAGCCCAUGAAGAAUUCCUCCUUUAUCAAGGCCACACCUUUCAGCUACGGCUCAGGCCAUGUGUGGCCGAACCAUGCAAUGGACCCCGGUCUAGUCUAUGACCUGACCACCAACGAUUACGUCCACUUCUUAUGUGCCCUUGGUUACAAUGCCACCCAAAUGGCGAUGGUGACAGACCACUCUUACUCCUGCCACCCUACCAGCAUGUCCAGCAUCCUGGAUCUCAACUACCCUUCGAUUGUGGUUCCAUAUCUCACCACCUCCACAACCAUCAAACGAACAGUCAAGAACGUUGGCUUGCCAGGCACUUACACAGUCCAAGUUGAUGCACCUAGCAGCGUAUCAGUGUCGGUUGAACCCACGAGCCUGAUUUUCGAAAGAACCGGCGAAGAGAAGACGUUUAUGGUUAAGCUGAUGCCUAAAAGGCAUUUGGGCACUAAUUAUGUUUUUGGGAGGCUGAUCUGGUCUGAUGGUGUGCACUAUGUGAGGUGUCCAAUUGCAGUCUCAUCUACAAACAUAUAAAAGAAAAGGGUUCGAUCUUUUGGUCUUGAUGGUUCGAGCCACGGUUCAAAAAUGUGUUGCCCCAUAGGACCGACAUGGUCAUAUGAUUAGAGUCGUCCAUAUUCUUAUUGCUAUCAUAAACUAUGGUCCAAUAAUCAGGCUUCAAGGAUGAUACUGAGUCCUAGCCUUCUAUUUAUUUGUAUUUUGGA